UCCACACUAGUUCUUCCGCUGAAGUAGGGAAGACUGUUCAAGCUCCGCUCUUGCUGUUCUCAACCCAUCCCCGUUUAUUUCUGUCAAACUCUGAACCACCACCUGAAAAAAACAGAACAAUGCAAAAUAAUGGCAUUUGUUGCGGUUUACCCGACUCUGCACGAGAUCCUUAAACGCAAAAGAGUAACUAGGUUUUACUCUUUGCCAUUUUUUUCAAGAAUGCCUUUUCCUUUCACUCAAAAUAAAUCCAUCAAUGAAGCAUCCGACGCCGCGCGUUUGGCUUUCUUCUAAAUCUCUCAAUGUAGGUCGAGAGGGGAUUGAAUAAAUAUUUUUUUGGAGGCAGCUGCCGUGCAUUUGCACUUGCCUUUCUUUAAAGAGAAGAGAAGAGAGCGAGGCAGAGAAAGUGUGGUCGAAAUGAAAUUUUGUCCCGUUUCUCGUUUUGCGCUGCUGGCUUGCUCUUUGACUGUAUGGCUGCUUUGCAAUGGAGAGCCGUCUGGGACCAAAGUCCCUCUGAAAAACGACAUCGGGACCUCCGGCAGGAUGCCCAGAGCUGCUGAUGGAACUGAUCGGAGACAAAGUAUCAAUUUUAUGGAAAUGGUUGAUAACCUCAGAGGGAAAUCCGGGCAGGGGUAUUAUGUGGAGAUGACAAUAGGAACACCUCCUCAGAAGCUGAACAUUCUGGUGGACACGGGUAGCAGCAACUUUGCGGUGGGUGCCGCGGCACAUCCAUUCCUGAAGAGAUACUAUCACCGCAGUCUCUCCAGCACUUACCGAGACUUGAGGAAGAGCGUCUACGUUCCUUACACCCAGGGGAAGUGGGAAGGGGAGCUGGGGACAGACAUCGUCAGUAUUCCACAUGGCCCUAAUGUCUCGGUCCGAGCAAACAUCGCUGCCAUCACAGAGUCUGAUAAGUUCUUCAUCAAUGGCUCCAACUGGGAGGGGAUACUGGGAUUGGCGUAUGCUGAAAUUGCCAGGCCUGAUGAAAACCUGGAGCCUUUCUUUGAUUCGUUGGUGAAGCAGACCCAAGUCCCCAACAUGUUCUCACUGCAGCUUUGUGGAACCGGCCUCACCCUCAAUGAUACAGAUACAGUGUCGGCUGUGGGAGGCAGCAUGAUAAUCGGUGGAGUUGACACUUCUCUAUAUCUGGGCAACAUCUGGUUCACCCCAAUCAGGAAACAGUGGUACUAUGAGGUGAUUAUAGUAAAGAUCGAGAUCAACGGACAGGACCUGAAUCUGGACUGUAAGGAGUACAACUACGACAAGAGCAUCGUGGACAGUGGGACCACAAACCUCCGGCUGCCCAAGAAGGUCUUCCAAGCCGCAGUGAAAUCCAUCAAAGCCGCAUCUUCUACGGAGAAGUUCCCCGAUGGGUUCUGGUUGGGCGAGCAGCUGGUGUGUUGGCAGGUUGGCACCACGCCUUGGCACAUCUUCCCUACGAUAUCGCUCUACCUCAUGGGGGAGGCCACCAACCAAUCCUUCCAAAUCACCAUUCUACCGCAACAAUACCUGCGGCCAGUGGAAGAUGUCGCCACCUCUCAGGAUGACUGCUACAAGUUUGCCAUCUCCCAGUCCACCACAGGAACGGUGAUGGGGGCCGUCAUCAUGGAAGGGUUUUACGUCGUAUUUGACCGUGCUCGGAAGCGCAUUGGAUUUGCGGUUAGCACCUGUCACGUGCACGAUGAGUUCCGUUCAGCCACGGUGGAGGGUCCCUUCUUCAGUACAAACAUGGAGGACUGCGGCUACAACAUUCCACAGACAGACGAGUCAACGCUGAUGACGAUUGCGUACGUGAUGGCGGCCAUCUGCGCCCUCUUCAUGCUGCCCCUGUGCCUGAUGGUCUUUCAGUGGCGCUGUUUCCGCUGCCUGCGCCGCGAGCACGAUGACUUUGCAGACGACAUAUCGCUGCUGAAGUGACGGUGGAAGAACACUUUCAAGAUGGAAGAAAACUUUUCUUUCUCCAUUUCUUUUUUAAAUACGUGGUCGGUUCGCAGUGCUGAACUGGAAGGGCGGGUGUAUAAAACAAUGAAGCUGAAAACUGCGCGGCUGGUCUGAAGCUUACGGUAGCGUAAACAAGGUACCUUCCCAGCUGUACGUGCUCUUCCGCAUCACACUUUCAAUUAGUCAGAUCAUUAGAUCCCGUGACCAAAUACCCACGGGUCAACAUUGACGUUUGAGAGUCAGGUAACUCAACAGGUACGCAAACUCUUCUGCACUUGACAAAAUUCACCGAGAUAUCUCCCAAAUAAAACCCUGUAAAUAUAAGCCACAGAAAUAUUUUGUAUCUGUUUAAUUCCUCAUCUUGGAUCAAAACCAAUCCUAUGAUCUACUGGACUAAAUGGAAAGUACACGAGCAAUAGAGAUGAUUGUUAAAUGACAGUCCAUGAUUAACGCUGAUCUCCGGCAUGUGUAGCCUUAGUGUGGCCACUUCUUUCCUACAAAGAGUGCAAUAUGGUUUUAUACUACAUGCACUUUUACAUUACCGUAAGGAUAGCAUCAACAUUUAAACUGUGGAAAUGUGAUGUAUACAUUUGUGUGUAAAUAUCGAUAAAUGUACACAUUACAGUAUUGCAUAUUUAAUUUGCAUUAAACUUAGCGUCAUCAUUUUCAGGA